UUUCCUUUUUUAUUCUUGUGAAGCAGAGAAAAAGCACUGCUGCCUGAAUCUUCUUCACUCACUCGCAGCACUUUGCGAUUUUAUCUUCCAAAAUUUCUCAGUAAAUUGAAAUCCUUCAAGCAAGUCUGACCAGUGUUACUUGCCCUUUUUACUCUCAUUGUCUGAAGUUCACUGAAUCAGAACUCUCUUCUGUUUCUGAGAUCUCUCUGUCUCUAAGAAAACUCAAAUCUUCUCUGAGAAUCUGAAGUUUUCUCCCCAGCAUCUAACUUUUGUAAGCAACAAUGUCCCAAAAGGUGUCUCCAUCCAUGCAGUCUCUUAAAUCUUUACCGGCAGACUACAGAUUUGAUGGUGAAAAUUCUAUUGUUGGCCUGACCAAUUCGAGUAUUCCAAGAAAAGGCGGCUCAAGGAAUGGUGUUAGUAGUCAAGCUGAUACUGCACCUGGGGAUAGUGAGGAUUCACCAUAUAGUAGGCAUGGUGUUUCUGCUGAAGAGCAGUCUUUAACUGAUGAUGUGGAGCCUGGUGCUGCUCCUAUCCCCUUGCCUCAGAGUGAUGAGCGCAGGUGGAGCGACACUAGUGCAUAUACUCGGAAGAAGAUACUGCAAUCUUGGGUUCAACUUCCAAAUGGUAACUGGGAGCUUGGGAAGAUACUGUCAACUUCAGAAGAGGAGUCUGUUGUUUCUUUGCCCGAGGGAAAAGUUAUAAAAGUUAUAUCAGAGACUCUAGUACCUGCAAAUCCUGAUAUUCUUGAUGGAGUGGAUGAUCUGAUGCAACUAAGUUACUUAAAUGAGCCAUCAGUGUUGUAUAAUCUCAACUAUAGGUACAACCACGACAUGAUAUAUACAAAAGCAGGGCCAGUUUUGGUGGCUGUGAAUCCUUUCAAGGAGGUUCCUUUAUAUGGAAAUCGAUUCAUUGAAGCAUACAGGAAGAAAACGAAUGAAAGUCCUCAUGUGUAUGCUAUUGCAGAUACAGCAAUUCGUGAGAUGAUACGCGAUGAAGUUAACCAAUCUAUCAUCAUCAGCGGCGAGAGUGGAGCAGGGAAAACUGAGACAGCUAAGAUAGCUAUGCAAUACUUGGCUGCUCUUGGAGGUGGAAGCGGGAUCGAGUAUGAGAUACUUAAGACUAAUCCCAUCUUGGAAGCAUUUGGAAAUGCAAAAACUUUGAGAAAUGAUAACUCUAGUCGUUUUGGGAAGCUGAUAGAGAUUCAUUUUAGUGAAACCGGAAAGAUAUCGGGUGCUCAAGUUCAAACCUUUUUACUAGAAAAGUCUAGAGUGGUCCAAUGUGCUGAAGGGGAAAGGUCAUACCAUAUAUUUUACCAACUUUGUGCUGGGGCUUCACCUGCACUUAGAGAGAAGCUGAAUUUGACAAGCGCACAAGAUUAUAAAUACUUGGGACAGAGUAACUGCUAUUCAAUCAAUGGAGUUGAUGAUGCUGAACGUUUUCAUAGUGUUAAGGAAGCUCUUGACAUUGUUCAUGUUAGUAAAGAAGAUCAAGAAAGUGUGUUCGCAAUGCUAGCUGCAGUAUUAUGGCUGGGGAAUGUUUCCUUCACCGUUAUUGACAAUGAAAACCAUGUUGAGCCUGUAGCAGAUGAAAGUUUGUCGACUGUUGCUAAAUUAAUUGGGUGCAACAUCAAUGAGCUUAAGCUAAGUUUAUCAAAACGUAACAUGAGAGUUGGAAAAGAUACCAUUGUGCAGAAGCUAACACUACCGCAGGCCAUUGAUGCAAGAGAUGCUUUAGCAAAAUCGGUUUAUUCGUGCCUGUUUGACUGGCUAGUCGAACAGAUCAACAAGUCUCUUGCAGUGGGGAAGAGGCGAACUGGCAGAUCCAUCAGCAUUCUUGAUAUAUACGGUUUCGAAUCAUUUGAUAAAAAUAGCUUUGAGCAGUUCUGUAUAAAUUAUGCAAAUGAGAGAUUGCAGCAACACUUUAACCGUCAUCUAUUCAAGCUAGAGCAAGAGGAAUAUAUCCAGGAUGGUAUUGACUGGACAAGGGUUGAUUUUGAGGACAACCAAGAUUGUCUUAGUCUCUUUGAAAAGAAACCAUUGGGGCUACUUUCUCUUUUGGACGAGGAAUCAACAUUUCCGAAUGGCACAGAUUUGACACUUGCAAACAAGCUAAAACAGCAUCUACACUCUAAUUCAUGUUUCAGAGGAGAUCGAGAGAAGCUUUUCACAGUUGUGCAUUAUGCAGGAGAGGUUACAUAUGACACGACAGGAUUUCUAGAGAAGAACAGAGACUUGUUGCAUUUGGACUCUAUUCAACUUCUGUCCUCUUGUUCCUGCCACCUUCCUCAAUCGUUUGCUUCUAGCAUGCUGAUCCAAUCUGAAAAACCUGUAGUUGGUCCUUUGUACAAAGCAGGUGGUGCUGAUUCCCAGCGGUUGAGUGUAGCUACUAAAUUUAAGGGUCAACUAUUCCAAUUGAUGCAACGUUUAGGGAACACAACCCCACAUUUCAUUCGCUGCAUCAAGCCAAACAACGUUCAGUCUCCAGGGGUGUAUGAGCAAGGACUUGUCUUACAGCAGCUAAGAUGUUGUGGGGUCCUAGAAGUGGUUCGGAUUUCACGGUCUGGGUUUCCUACAAGAAUGUCUCAUCAGAAAUUUGCCAGAAGGUAUGGUUUCCUUCUGGUGGAGAACAUUGCUGAUAAAGAUCCUCUAAGUGUCUCGGUUGCGAUCCUCCAUCAGUUUAAUAUCUUGCCGGAGAUGUACCAAGUUGGCUACACGAAGUUGUUUUUCAGAACCGGCCAGAUUGGUGUUCUUGAAGAUACAAGGAACCGUACACUGCAUGGCAUUUUACGUGUCCAAAGCUCUUUUAGAGGAUACCAAGCACGUUGUCACCUAAAGAAGAUUAAAAUGGGAAUUUCUAUUCUCCAGUCAUUUAUUCGUGGUGAGAAUGUAAGAAAAGAGUUUGCUGAGCUGCGAAGGAAGCACAGGGCUGCUGCUACUAUACAAAGCCAAGUUAAAAGCAAGAUUGCUAGGAAACAGUUCAAGAGUAUAGCCGAUGCGUCGGUUUUGAUACAGUCAGCAAUUCGUGGUUGGUUGGUUAGAAAAUGCUCAGGAGAUCUUAGAUGGCUAAAAUCUGUAGGCACUAAGCCAAACGAGUCAGGCGAGGUGCUAGUUAAAGCAUCUGUACUCUCCGACCUUCAACGCAGGGUGCUUAAAUCUGAAGCUGCUCUGCGUGAGAAAGAAGAAGAGAACGACAUUCUUCAACAGAGGCUUCAACAGUACGAGAACAGGUGGUCAGAGUACGAGACAAAGAUGAAAUCGAUGGAAGAAAUCUGGCAGAAGCAGAUGCGUUCAUUGCAGUCAAGUCUCUCCAUAGCAAAGAAAAGCCUAGCGGUUGAGGACUCGGCUAGAAACUCUGAUGCAUCGGUCAAUGCAAGCGACGCAACGGAUUGGGAUUCGAGCAGUAAUCAGUUCAAGAGCCAGACGAGCAACGGAGGAAGGACGAGACAACAACAACAGCAACAGCCUAUGAGUGCAGGUCUUAGUGUGAUUGGACGGUUGGCGGAGGAGUUCGAACAGAGAGCUCAAGUGUUUGGUGAUGAUGCGAAGUUCUUGGUUGAAGUGAAGUCUGGACAGGUGGAAGCAAACUUGAACCCGGAGAGAGAGCUGAGGAGGUUGAAACAGAUGUUUGAGACGUGGAAGAAGGAUUAUGGAGGGAGGUUGAGGGAAACGAAGAUGAUACUGAGCAAGCUUGGGAGUGAAGAGAGUAGUGGGUCGAUGGAGAAGGUGAAGAGGAAGUGGUGGGGAAGGAGGAAUAGCACUAGGUAUUGAUUGAUAUGUGAUGGAAGUGAAGACUUAUUAUUCUUACAGGCAAACUCUGGUCGUUUGCUGUUUACGGAUUUGGCGGUUUUCUGGUAAUGAAAGUAGUUAAUGACAUUUGCUAUUCAAUGUGAAGGAUCGUACGAAUGAUAACUUAAGUUUGUAAAUUAUUUUGUAGUUUUACUAUAAUAUCUAAAGCUAAGUUUGUGAUC